CUGCGCACUCACUGUCACCAUGGCCGCUAGCUGUUCCCGGUUGUUCAUCCGGAGCCGGAUGCGGCUUGGGGCCCAGGUCUCCGUGCUCCGGUCCCGGUGUUAUUCCGAGAAAGCGGCCCGGGAAACAAGUUCGGUUCCACCUCCUCAGGACAUCAUCUACACUCGAGAGCAUUACAGCCUGAGAGAGUCUCUCCGAAAGAUCAUUGAGAAGAACAUUAUUCCUUUUGUUGACAAAUGGGAAGAAGCAGGGACAUUCCCAGCCCAUAGAAUCUUCAAAAUUCUUGGACAAGCUGGCUUCCUGGGUGUUAACAAGCCAAUAGAAUACGGCGGGCUUGGUUUGGAUUUCAGCUAUAAUAUAGCAGUGGCAGAAGAACUGGGAAACAUACCAUGUGGUGGAAUUCCCAUGGCAAUCGGAGUCCAGAGCGAUAUGACAACACCAGCUCUCGCCAGAUUUGGGUCAGAUGAACUGAAACUUCAAUUCCUCGUACCUACCAUUGCUGGGGACAUGGUAGCCUGUUUGGGAAUCAGUGAAAUUGGAGCUGGAUCUGAUGUUGCAAACAUAAAGACCAAAGCUGUCAAGAAUGGAGAUGACUACAUAAUAAAUGGAGAGAAAAUGUGGAUAACUAAUGGUUGUCAAGCUGAUUGGAUGUGUCUUUUAGCAAACACUGAUGAUGGGUCUGUUCACAAAAGCAAGUCUCUCAUAUGUCUGCCCAUGAAAUUACCAGGAAUCCAUGUGGCUAAAAAGAUCGAUAAGUUGGGCAUGAGGUCAUCAGAUACAGCACAGAUCUUUUUUGAAGACGUCAGGGUUCCAAGAAAAUAUCUCAUUGGGGAAGAAGGAAUGGGCUUCACUUAUCAGAUGUUGCAAUUCCAGGAAGAGCGCAUGUGGGCAGUUGCAGCAAUUUUGGCUCCAGUGCAGAACAUCAUACAGGAAACAAUCGAAUAUACACGCCAACGCAAAAUUUUUGGCCAGUCAGUCUUACACAACCAGACAGUGCACUUCCGGCUUGCUGAACUUGAGACUGAGAUUGAACUUGUUCGUUCUCUCCUUUAUCGUUGUGUCGCACAGUAUAUUCAAGGAAAUGAUACAACAAAAUUAGCCUCAAUGGCAAAAUUGAAGGCAGCCCGCCUGGUUCGUGAGGUUACUGACAGCUGUCUCCAGUUCUGGGGAGGAAUGGGUUUUACUAAUGAGGUGCUAGUCAGCAGACUGUACAGGGAUAUGAGAUUGAUGUCAAUAGGAGGUGGUGCAGAUGAAGUCAUGCUGUCCAUCAUAUGCAAGUACAUGGGGACCCUUCCUGGAAAGAAAUGACUGAUUCAGAUAUCAUAAAAUUGAUCACCAGGGACAAGAACAAAACAAUGUUCUGUUGCAUUAAUUGCUUUUAUGACAUAUUUGGAAAAUGGUAACAUACAGAAGCAUACCUAGCUUUGUAGAUGUCUACUGCCUAACAUGUCUUUCUGUGUUAUAAUUAUUUUGCCUUGGAGAAACCUUAUUGUCAGCAGACAUAAAAUAACCAAUCAUUUGUUUAAAAGCACAGAAGAAUUUUGGAAGUUGAAUGAUGAAUGAUUAUUUCAAUUUUUUAUUUAGUACUGGUUUAAUAUCUGAUGUAACAUCACAUCUAAAGAGGUGAAAAGACUGGGAUUACUCUCUGUUCAAAGUACUGAUACCCAGCUCCCAAUAUGUACCUUUCUGAUUCGAUACCAAGAACGAGAAACUUAUGAGGAAAGACAAAAAAUUAUUUCCCCCUAGUACGGAACAAUCUGCAGAGUUUUAACAGCUUUUUUUAAAAAUUAGGAACAUUUAGAUAGGGUGAAGUAGAAAAGGAUUGUUGCUUCUGAUUGGGAUUUCAUCCAUUUAAAAUCUUCACUCAAGUAAGGGGAGACAUUAAGAGAAAUGUCAUUAGGCAGAGAAUUCUCAACUUAUGAGAUGCUUUGCUAUAGUAUGGCAUAAGUAGAUAAAUAUGUAAGCAGAGAAAAAUUCAGGGCAUAGAAAGAAAGGGAUUAGUUUUAAAUUACUCCAGGUAAGAGCCCACAAGUGACAAUGGACCAUUUGUCCCAAUGUGCUGUAAAGCUAUAUGGUCAUAUGUUACCUAUUAUACAAUAUGUGGGAUUUUGUAAUCUCAUUGACUUGCUGCACUUCAGGUACUCUUCAGCUUAAACUCUGUGAUACAUGUUCAAAAGAGCCUGGACUUGUACCAGCAUGACAAUAUUCACUUUAGUGAGAGUUAGCAAUUUAAAACACCUGACACUCAAUCCAGUGUCUUCCAACCUUGGGGAAAGACACAUACUACUGGUCAAGCAGCUCCAAGGCCAGACCUAGAUUCAGACGGCAGUGAAAGUGAAUAGAGUAAUUCUGAGACACAUACAACAUGAAGUGGCUGAACAAGGGUGAUAGUUUGGUAUUGUGGAUCUUUGUGAAGCUAGAAAUGGCACAAGCCUCAAGUUACUAAGGGAAAGCUAUGGGAAGAACCUUUUACAGAAAAUGCUCACCUCAGACUUUUACACCAUUUAAACUAGUUUUCUCACACCUUGGAUUUUUUUGAAACUCGCUGUUCAGACAUAAACAUCCCGAAUCUAUGACUCAACUUUUAUUGCCAAAGUUCUAUUGAGAUCUCCCAUUAAAUGGAAUUCCAGCAGCUGGGCGAGGUGGUGACUGGGAACAAUAUGGCUAAAAUUAAACCCAUGAAAUCACUGGUAAAACAUUUUUUUGAGAGCAGUGGGAGCAAAAGUUUUGAAGGGUCUGUAAUCAGCACUUUUGGUUACUUGCCAAAAGCUGAAUGUUUGCCAUUAAUAGUUUAGGUUAUUACUUUAAGGUCUCAGAACUGGUAACCUAACUGGCUUUAUGUCUGAUUUUGGUGUAUCAUUACACUUUAUAAUUUUAUGUAAUAUUGAUUGAUAUAUGUAACAUUGCACAUCAUCAAUUAUUAUGUGUAAAAAUGUACUAGUUGAUCAUCCAUGAUACGUUCACAAGCAAAAAUUGUAAAAGAGAAUAGCAGCAGUGGAUGGAAUCUCCACCAUCCAACCAAAAGAAUUAUAAAUAUAUGCAUAAUAAAACAUUGACAUUUUCCUGAUCCUACUAGACAGCACCAAAUAAAUUCCAAUUCUUGAUAUAAAUUCA